AUGGCCAUGAUGAAUGACUCGCUCCCUAUACAACAACAAGAAUGUCUUCAUAUUCAAACACCUUCAUCAAAUCGUAUUCGAUCACAUUCACUAAAACCUCGACAUUCAAAACAAGAUUAUACUCGACGUAAAUCAGCUGCUGAUGCAACUUCAACAACAAUAACACAUUUAGAAAUAUCAACCGAAAAUAAUGAACUUAAACGAACAAAUACACCACCACCUAAACGUCCAUCUGCAGCAUGGCUUCAAAGACGUUUUACAAUAUUUUCAUUUGAACAACAACAGAUGUCACCAAAUCAACAAGAACGUAUGAGAAUGGGUCGUUAUUCAAUUUUCAACGAUAAAUCUAAUUCAAAUAUAUUAAAACAAAAACGUUCAAGUGUUAUAUCACAAAUGGUUGAGUCGUUUGCGCGACGAUUUUCAUUAGGAAAGAAAAAACAUAAUCAUAAUGAGUCUGAACAAGUCGUGGAUGAAGCUACUGUUGAUCCUGUUUAUGAAACAUUGAAAAUUGCUGCUGAAACACGCAAAUUGGCCGUAGCUAAUUACUUACAACAACGACAACAAGUGCUCAAUAAACAAACAUCGCUCAAUAGUCAAGGUUCAUCAGAAUUAGAUAUUCAAACAUCACCUAAAAUAUCACGUCAUACAAGUCGAACAGAAUCAGAAAUCACUUCAUCAUUAAAACCGACAUUACCACCUGUACAUAGACAAGGAACAUCAUCGACAGAUAAUGCACGCGUAACAAAUUGCUAA